GGGUUACCACAAGCAUUAGCAUAGAUAAACAACAGGUUCCAGCAGGUUCUACGGGUUUUUAUCUCCAGUAGUUCCUCAGAUGUUCAGACAAGAACCUGCUGGAAGUUGAUAGAUAUCUUCAUAAAUAUCCAGAUUUGAAGCUCUAGAAGUCCAGGAUGAAGUGAUGUUUUACAGGAAGAACGAUGGAUUCCUGAAGAACAUCCGUCCUCCUCAGAAGGCCCGUGGACCUGCAGCCACCUGAAGAAUCGACCUUCAAAUAAAUCUUUGUUUUCCUCGUCUGUUUCUGAUUUAUUUAUUAGCAUUUAAGAGAUUCUAUGAAAGGACCAUCAGAACCUCCUCACAACAUCUGGUUCUUCAUUUCCACUAACUUUAUCAGUGAUCAGAGUUCUACCUUCAUACUGGGAAUAUUUCCAGAGUUCCAGGUCCUUGAAGUCCAUGGAGGAGAACGUCUCCUGGACAAAGUUCCAGAGUAGACCUACCAACUACAGUCUAGAAAGUUCCAGAGUAGACCUACCGACUGCUCGACUCUAGAACUUUCUCCAGGGGAUGUUCUGUGUUCUCCUUGCAUGGAGAGGGCUAACUUCUUCCUCCAGGACUCGGGUGUUUGAACCAAGUAGCAGCGUUUAUCUCCAUGAUGGAAGACGACCAUGACUCCCUUUUAUCAGUUUAGACAAAUAAAACGUUUGUUUUGCAGGUUUCUGAACUGGUCCCAGUUUAAACCAGAGGAGUUUUGAUGCUGGGUUCCUCUUUGAGCUGCUGGUGGUGUUCUACUGCUUCUCUGUCAGAGUUCAGAAGAACCUUUAUGGAGCGCAUUCAUCAGUUGUUCCACCUGUGAUCAGUCCAAAUGUCUGUUGUGAAAAAGGUUUAGCAGUGAAGCUACAUUGUCCUCAUAGUUAAUCUUCUCGUUAUCACACGUUUAGAUUUGUUCCAGUAAACUCUUUAAAAGUCACUAACCAGGGAGCUGAAUUCCAGGAGGUUAGUUUUAAGGAACGUUUACACAGAGAAGAACCUUUCCUCUCAGAUGUUUGUUGUUGCAGCGUACGAUUCAUUUUGAAGUCAUGAUUCUUCUCUCCAGCGUUAAACUGCUUCUAGAUGGAUCUUUGGUCCAGAAGUGGUGGAAGUUCUUCUCCUGGAGUGUUUCCAGACAGGAGUACAACAACCCCAAACAAAACGUGUAGAAUUAAUUUUUACUAGCAAGUUAGGGGUUCCCUUCCUGUUCCACAGACUAUCAGCAGCAUGUCAGUAGAACAUCUGGUAGCUACGGUAAGUUCAGACUGUAGAAGGCUUUUAUUGUUGAGCUUUUCUUCCUUUGGUACCUCAGAUGAAUGUUAUUGUUUCAAAGCCAUGACGACAUGAAGGUUUGCUUGUGGACUGAUGAAGCUGCUCCAUAGAACUCUUAGACCAGUUGGAGAACCAUCGCUGAGGUUCUCCUCCACAUGCAGACUGUCACUGACUUCACUAGUCAAAGGAGCUGAGCAGGAUUUAGAGGAACUCUGAAAGUGAUCAUUAAGUCAGAGAAGGUUCCCUUAGGACCUCUGUUAGUCAUAUUAUCAGUGUUUAAAAGAACACCUGGGUUAUAGAAACUAACACUCUGUGUUCCUAAUAAAUAGAACCUUUAGUUGUGUCUCCUGUCUAACACGGCUGUUUGCUGUAAAAUGAUUUUUGGAAAUGAUGUUUAUGAAUCCAGAUGUUAGAUGUUCAUUAAUCCUUCAUGGAACAGCUGGAACCGCUGCAUCUUCAUGAGAAACUUCUUCAAAGGACAAACAACAAUUUCCCGCCACUCAGAAUAUUUCACUUCCGUGUAUCGGUGCGCACCUCCUUCAGAAUAAAAGCACGGCUAGACACACCGAGUAAAGGCGUUUAAAUGGAAUGCUGCUGAAUCCUGAUGAUGGAGUCAGAAACCUCUGAAGUCUUAGCUAGGACAUGAAGUAGGACUUUAUGUGGAAUACUUGAUGCGGUUCUGAAAGUCCAGCUCUGUAGACUAACUUACUGGGAUCAAAAUAAAAGUGUAAAUAAAUUCUAAAUAUAUAUUGACUGAAAUCAUCCUUUAAAACCGGAAGUUGUGCACUUUAGUGAUCAUCUGUUGAGGUAACUGUCCUCCAGCUCUGGAGACGGGCUUCUCUCUGCUCCUUUAGGGGAAGAACAGUCUGGACUCGGCUCGGCUCGGCGGGACGUUUUCCGGACUGUUCGGGAUUCGGUGAAGGUCGCUCCGGUACCGGACAGCUGGAUGAGUUUUACACCGGAGGAGGCAGCUGGAGCACGGGGGAGACAUGAUGGAGCAGCCGUAUGAAGACCUGCUCCUCCACGCAGAACCUCCACACCAGUCCUCCCAGUCCUCCCACAGGAGCAGCAGCAUGGCCGCCAUCAGGAGGGUCAAAGACGCUGUUUACGGACAUCCCCUGUUCCCUCUGCUCGCGCUCAUGUUUGAGAAGUGUGAACUGGCGACGUGCACGCCAAGGGAGAGCGUGCACGGAGGCGACGUCUGCUCCUCCGACUCCUUCAGCGAUGACAUCAGUGCUUUCUCUGAACAGAUGCGAUCAGAGGAGCCGUUGUCUCCGUCCGACCCGGAGCUGGACGACCUGAUGAUUCGGUCCAUCCAGGUGCUGCGAUUCCACCUGCUGGAGCUGGAGAAGGUUCAUGAACUUUGUGAUAAUUUCUGUCAUCGAUACAUCAGCUGUCUGAAGGGGAAAAUGCCAAUCGAUCUGGUUAUUGACGACCGAGACGGAAACAAGUCGGACAGCGAGGACUUCAUUUGGUCGUCAGGGACCAGCGGAGAUCAGGUGUCGUGGAGUCGAGACCCAGAGGACUCGGUGUCAGUCCGAUCAGCCGGGACGCCGGUUCUGUCCACUGGAGGACAAACAUCUUCCAGUGGGAACAACAGUAGCAAACCAGGUCACUGUCUGGAUCACAGCGACGACGACGACCUCAGCAAAGACAAACUGAGCAGUAAAAAAAGAGGCGUCUUCCCCAAAGUGGCCAUCAACGUCCUGAGAGCCUGGCUGUUCCACCACCUGAAGCACCCGUACCCAUCAGAGGAGCAGAAGAAGCAGCUGGCUCAGGACACCAGCCUCAGCAUCCUACAGGUCAACAACUGGUUCAUCAACGCGAGGCGGAGGAUUGUCCAGCCCAUGAUGGACCAGUCUGACAGAGCAGUGAACCAGGUGGGAGCAUACCAAGAAGCUCAGCCAAUGGGAGGCUUCGUCAUGGAAGGACACAUCAGACCAACAGGUGAACCCUUUAUAUCCUCACUGGGAAUAUUUCCUGUUCCAGGUCCUUGAAGUCGAUAGAGGAGAAUGUCUCCUGGAGAAAGUUCUAGAGUAGACCUACCGACUGUACAGCUGUCGGUAGGUCUACUCUAGAACUUUCUCCAGCUGUCGGUAGGUCUACUCUACAACUUUCUCCAAGGAACGUUCUCCUUUCCUGCUUCCAGUCUUUAAGUUUAGUCUCACUUAGAACAUUCCAGGUCCUUGAAGUCCAUAGAGGUGGGUCCACAUUUAUCACUUUUUAAUGGACUUUUUCUAUAAUUUCUGAGCCUCAGAACUUCAUCAGUCCAGCAGAUAGAACCAUGACAUUUAGGAGGAGAAACACAUCUGAGUUCUGUUCAUUUUCUCCAUAACCAACUCUGAACAUCAGUAUUAUGGGAUGUCUUGUUGUUCAGUCUUUCUUGUGUCGGCCUCCUAUCACCUCCGUGCUUCACUGUCAGGACCAUGCAUCCACUGUGGGGCUCCUGGUCAGAAAAGAUGCCAAACCAUCACACACCAAAACAGUUUUUUGUUCAUUUCUUUCUAGAACCAACUUUAAGCUUCAACAUUAUAUGUGAUGUGACAUAGUUUGAGCUGUAAUCUAACCUCCAUCAUGAUCAGAACUCUUCUUAUUGAUGGGUUGGGUUGGGGUUAGCUCGACUCUAAUGUGCUCUGAAAAUGGAUACGAGAGCAGAACUUUACCAAUCCAGAACAGAUGAGGUCUUUCAUUGAUUGAUUGAUUGAUGAGCUGGUCACCAGGUGUGUUUGCUGUCCAGGUGAUCUGGGCGGAGUCAGGACAGAGGGACAGUGGCAGUACAUGUAGCAGCGACUCUGCUGACAUCCCAUAAUAAACGGUGAGUGCUGCUGUAUUGUGACGAGGUCAGGUUUCCUGGAGAUCUGGUUCCAGGAUGUUGCUGGUCUUCAUGGUCCAGCUGAGGUCCACCUCCAGGCUGCACAACCAGCGUCUGAAAACCAUUUCUGGUGAUUUUUUUGUCCUUGUUGGUGGUUUUUGCCUGUUUUUGUGUAUUUUAUCGGUGGUUUUGUGUUGUUUCUUGCUGAUGUUUUCUCCUUGCUAUGGUUUUGGGGUCUUUUUGAAUUGAUUUAGCGUCUUUCCUUCAUGUUUUUUGUGUUUUGUUGUGAUUUUGUGUUUCUUUUGUGGUGAUUGUGCAUCUUCAGGUUGGCUUAGUGUCCUUUCAUCUUUCUGUGUUGACUUUCUGUCUUUUUCUAGUAAUUUUGUGUGUUUUGUUUUGACUCUUUUUUUUGGUGACUUUUUUCUGUUGCUGGUGAUUUUGCCUGUUUUGGGGGGAUCUCUAAUUGAUGGUUUUGUGUGUUUUCAUUGUGAUUUUGUAAUUCUUUUGUGGUGAUUGUGCAUCUUCAUGGUGGUUUUGUGUACUUGUGUAAUGAUUUUGCAUCUUUUUGUGUUGACUUUCUGUCUUUUUCUGGUAAUUUUGUGUGUUUUUUGGGGGAUUUUUUGUUUCUUUCAGGGUAAUUGUACAUCUUCAUGGCAGUUGUGUGUCUUGUGUUGAUUCUAUGUUAUUUUCUUGUCUUUUUCCACCUUCAGCUAAAAACAUUAUUUGACAGAUUCUUGCUGUUAUUUUGAACAGUUUUUUAAUGCUCCAUCUGUUUUGCAUGUUUUCUGAUUGUUCAGUUCCAUUUGAAGGUCUCUGAUGUGGACUUCAGGCGUACGUCUGCUUUGUUUCCUUCGUCUCUCAGCGGGUUGCCGUGGAGCCUCCACCUUUGGCUCCGCCCCUCCACCUGAGGACUCACCUGAGCUGCUGCUGGCUCAGCAGGUGAAGAUCUGGAGGGAAACGGAGCGUCUCUGUUGAUCUGAGCGGUGUUUGCCCUGACAGGACAUUCAGACUGAAAUUGGAAAUCAACUCCAGUUAUGAUCCGAUAAAAAGAGUUCUUCUGCUGCAGCUCGUUCUGUUUCUUUGUUCAGUGCCCUCUAGUGGCCAAAUCUGCAAAAACAGCAUUAUUUAAGAUGCAGCGUCAGCGCCCUCUACUGGCCAGUUGAUGUUAGAAGGUGAAUGUAGUAUUUUGUAAUAUUCACACGGGAUUAGUCCUACCUGGAGACCUCUGGUAGUUUGUAAGUUACCCCAGGACGUCUGUGUUUCUUUAAGUGCAUUCGUACAGGAUAAGUGAAGUUUGUAUUUUACCCGAAUUUACCGACAUUACAGCCCGGAUAUGAUGUCAGAUCUGUGCCAGUCAGAACAUCUGCUGUUGUCACGUCCAUGUGCAAAGAAUAGACUGUAUAUAAAGAUAUAUUUAUAGUAUAUACUGGAUAUAUACACAGUCUAUGGUGCAAAGUGGUCGGCCGCUACUCAAAAAAAAAAAAAAAAAAAAAAAAAUAGACGCCGGUCCCAUGACUAAACUUUAAAUACAUUAAAGGUACUACAGGUACGGACCGUUAAGGUCACUGAAGAGCUGGCGCCGGUUAACUACUAUUUGCUGCACAUUACAGGCAGUUUAUAUGAAUGACUUUGACGGCGAACAUUGUAUAAUUUAACCAAAAAUACACCGUCUCCUCUCACACUUUAGACAUUGCAGUUUUUACGCUUUUAGACGCCGUGUCUAAAGUGUUUGAAGUCCAGUUCCUAUUAAUUAGUUUACCGCGUUCAGUGGUGGAAGCGGCAGACGAACUCCAUUACAAAUGUUCCCAUUUAAUUUCGGACGCUAAUUUACAAGAUAAAGUUAAGGAUGUCGAAUAUGAAACAAACACUCGUGAAUGGUGAGGAGCAGCUCUUUAAUUCGGCAUGAAUUAAAAAACCCGCAAACUCUAUUUACUGUGAUAUUGUGAGAUUUGUUUGUGGUGAUGUAACUUAGCCAUUCAACAGAGUCCGCUAACAUUAAAGUGACUGUGACAGGGUCUGUGUUGACAGACGUAGAAAAUACGUCAGGGUUUUGUUUAGGUUGUUAAUAUGUAAUAGUCUGUCGCUACUUUUGAAGGUAAAAAAAUACUUGUAGUUUGCUGGCUGUUAGUUCCGCCAUUUGUUUUGUUUGCUGUUUGUGCUUUAUUAGAACAGGGUCACGUGAAUAAAAAGUUUUGCUAUUUUUAAUAGUAGUGCUGAUUUCAACCCCCAAAUCGCUGUCCGUGAAAAAGUCAGAUAAUGAUAUUUAUAAGACAUUAUGCAUGAUAGAAAAGAGAACAGCAGAUGACUGACAUGACAGGCUCGGCACGCAGAUUCACCUCGAAUCACGGAAGCGCCUUCAUCACUCGGAUUACCAAACCGGCUCAUUAAUAUUUAUGUACGUCUAAUUAAUAUUUAUGGUAAGGUAAAGUGCCGUAUCCGUAGGCCACAGGCUACGGGUACGGGUCCGUAUCUGUAGACACUACCUACAUUAAAAGCCUAAGUUGUAACAGCACUAUUGUUAUUGUUUCGUCAGGUUUAGGCACAAAAACCAGCAGGUUAGGUUCAUGGAAAGCUUGUGGUUCAGGUUAAAAUGAUCACUUUUAACAUGCAUGUAGUCGUCAUGGCAACAGGAAACAUGUGAAAGCAGCAAUGUGAGAACAGCGGGCAGCGCUGCCGGGAUAACGGGCCGUUAGGGCGUUUGGAUUCAGCCUGCUGUAAGAUAUGCUUACCGCACGCUGCUACGCAUGUCAUCCAUCUCAAUAAAUUUCCCUCUUCUGGUGGA